UGCUAUGGUAUAUUUGCAACUCUUUGCCUACUUAAUUUCUCUGUUAGCAGUGUAGUUUCCCAUUGCUGUAUUUCCUCACCUCUGAAAAUUUUUCUGGGUAUUGAUGUGGUCUGCUAGCCAAAGGCAACUACUGAAUUUCUAAGAGAUGUUACUAUUUACCCUGACUUAAAGACUUUGCUUCACAUUGUGUAAAAUAAACUGGUUCUCUGCUCUUAAGUUCUCAUUUCAGAAGUAUUAGUGGUAUCUGUUGUGUCACAGCUUCCGUACUUCAGAUAACUAAAGCCUGCCACCAUUGAGACUGUGCUUCCACCUAUCUCACUUGGAUGCUGCAGUGGAAAAACGGAAAUUUUUGGCAGGGCAUCAAAAGGCUUAGUAACAGAAUUCAAUUACAAUGGGGAACGUUUUUGAAAAACUCUUUAAAAGUCUCUUUGGGAAAAAAGAGAUGCGGAUUCUGAUGGUGGGUUUGGAUGCCGCUGGGAAGACCACCAUCUUAUAUAAGUUGAAGCUGGGAGAGAUUGUGACAACCAUCCCUACAAUCGGUUUCAAUGUGGAGACGGUGGAAUAUAAAAACAUCAGCUUCACAGUCUGGGAUGUCGGUGGCCAAGACAAAAUCAGACCUUUAUGGCGACAUUAUUUCCAGAACACACAAGGUCUGAUUUUUGUGGUCGACAGUAACGAUAGAGAGCGGGUCAAUGAAGCCCGAGAAGAACUAACCAGAAUGUUAGCUGAAGAUGAGCUCAGAGAUGCAGUUUUAUUGGUGUUUGUAAAUAAACAGGAUCUUCCCAAUGCUAUGAAUGCAGCAGAGAUAACAGACAAGCUCGGCUUACACUCCCUCCGCCAGAGGAACUGGUACAUUCAGGCUACUUGUGCCACCAGUGGAGAUGGGCUUUACGAAGGCCUGGACUGGCUCUCCAACCAGCUCAAAAACCAGAAGUGACGGGAAGCGCUCCGUUCCCUGUGCAUCAUGGCCAAAGCAGCUGGCCUCUCUGUGUGCGUGUGUGCGUGUGAGGAGCCGAGUGUGGGCGUGUGGCCGGGCGUGGGAGCAGCUUUCUCACAUGGUGCCUUAUACAUGUGCUAGGGAAACCAGUCUUACAUGUUAUGAACAACGAGUGUUACAUUUUAAAUGCUACCUUCCAUUUUAAUGGCCGUGAUGGCCAGUUUGGCAGUGGAUGCAGGGGCCCAGGAGGCUCCGUGCACAACAACCAGAGUGGCCUCGAGAUGGGAAGAAGGCGGAGGGUGGGCGGGGACCGAGUUCCUUUGUGCCAUCCUGGGUCUGGCGUCUCUGCCCACCUGGGGUCCGCUCAGACUUUGGCAUCCUUUUCCCAUCACUGCCAGAGCUAGCAGCUCACCUUUCAGUGCUUUGAAGCAAGUGGUCCUCAAGAGAAAAAGGCUCUUGCUUCCUGCAGGUAAGAAGUUCAAAUUUGAACUUUUCCCUGAAGCGAUAUUCUAACCUGGAUUUCCUGGUUUAAUUGAAAGGAAUCGGUGGUCUUUUUCCAUGAGGGUAUCAGGACCUAGAAACUCUAGAAAAGCAUCCAGUCCUUUCCUUCUUUGCCUCUUAGUUGCCAAAUGGAGACCCUGGGGUCGUGACCCCAGCACGCAGCAAAGGCUCUUCCCCGGGCUCCACAGCCGCACGCGCAGGGUCCAGUUAAGGCAGGAGGUGCCGGUGGAGCCUGUGUGCCUGCAUCACCGCCCCGGGCUUCAGGCUCCUGAGACCGCUGCUCCCACGUGUCUGCUUUGUGCUGAAUGUUCUCCGCUCACAGCUGGACGUUCCCUCCUGGGGUGGAACCGUCACUGUGUACAGUGUCUCAGUCCAGCCUUCGGUUUGGAUGAGCUGCUAUUCCCAGAACCACACGCCUGUGAGUUCUGUGCGUCUGUCAGAGAAUCAGGUGGUCAACACGGGGGGGUGAAGCUCCCGGCAGCCCCUGGUGUGGUCCCCGAGGUGGUUGGUGCUAAAGUUCGCUAUGAAGAAUGUCUCGUCCAGACCACUCUCCGUAGCCCUGACUCCCUCAUCUGGCUGGGAGUAAUGUCUUCGGUGGAAAGAUGUCUUAAGUUGUCCUCAGAACAGUCGGAGAAAUGGCCCGGAAAUGAGCUCAGUCACUCGGUAUCUAGAGCACUUUUGCCCAGACAGCUGUUGGCCAAAUUUGCACCGAAGCUCUUCCACUACUACCUUUUAAAAUUCCUUUGCCAAGGAGGAACAUGUUAGGUGAAUUUUAACAAAAGUAAACCGUGUUUAUUGACAGCAAUGUAGUAGCUAUAACUAGGAAGAACUUUCAUGCCAUGAUAAAUGUGGGAUGUAAUGUUUUUCUUUCAAAUAGUGACUUUAAAGAAUGCUCAUUGUACUCCUGGCUACAGAGUCCAGAUUUGAUUUUUACUCAUGGGGUUAAGUCCUGAGAAACAUUUAGACUGUACACCUCAGACUGGCAGGACCUGUGUCUUACACUUUUGUAUUUAUGCUCAAUACCGUGUGCCUGGUACAGCACUAGGCCUGGGUGAACAUGUGUUGAUUGGCUGGACAAUAAAGACCUUGCUUUGGA